AUGGCACAUCAUGUCAGGGAAGAUGGGGAGUCCAAAGGAGGUAUUCUAGUUCACUUGGAGAGACUAGAGACUCAGAGAAACCAAUCUCAUGAAAAAUCUGAAGAGCUGCCAAGAGUGAUACCAAGCCACAGGCUUAGUGGAAAGCUGACCAGCCAUGGAGUCUGUGUGUCCAUCAGCACUGCCUUUGAGGGGAACCUUCUGGAUUUUUACUUGGUGGACCUUGUCAUAGAGAGACCACUCUGGAUACAUCACCAUUCCAUUCCAGUCUUAAUUUCUCUAGAAAACAUAGCCGUAAAGCACCUACAGACCAAUAUUCAGUGUUUCCUGUUCAGUCUCUGCGAGCACCUAAAUGCUUGCUCAGGGAGGAAGUAUCAGGCAGAUCAACUUGAGAGUGACUUCACAGCCUUCUUGACUGGACCCUUGCAGAAAAACUUCCUGUGCCACUUGCUGUCAUUUACCUACAAAGUGGAUCAGGAACAUCAGUCCUUGCUUAGUGCCAGAUUGCUAUAUGAGGACCUCACAGGAACUCUUCCAACUGAUGUCACCAUUAUGCAUCAAGGAAUGGAGACAGAGGCAUUAUCCAACUCAUGGGAAAAGCAUAGACUAGCCCAUGAAAGACUCCUCCUCACAGAGCCUUCAACAAUUUUUCCCUGGACCUAUAAGACAAAAAGAAUGUCCAUACUUGCAUAUGGGUUUUAUUUUACGCAUAUUUUCCCCUUUCGAACUUGCGAGGCUCCUGUGUGUGUACUGCCUCAAACAGACAUCAGUCCUCCUGAUAGAAAGGAGCUCAGGACUCAUUAG